AGUGGAGGGUUUCUGAGCAUGGAUCCCACCAUCCCAGGCUGGGCGAGCGCACUCACACCAAUGAACGGAAGUGACCAGGCCCUUCCACAGACUUUCAUUGUGGAGUUCCUGAUCCCGACCUUUCUGACCCUCAUACCUGCCCUGGGUGGGCUGGCAGGAAACGCAGUUGUGCUCUGGGUCCUGGGCUUCCGCCUGAGGAGGAACGCCUUCUCCGUUUACAUCCUUAACCUGGCAGGGGCCGACUUCCUCUUCCUGUCCUUCCAGACUGCAUUUGCCCUGGAGGAACUCAUCAGCUCCUUCCACUCCACCUCCAGGUGCAUCCCCAGCUUUGUCUUCCCUGUGCCGACCUUUGCCUACCUCGCAAGCCUGAGCAUCCUCAGCGCCAUUAGCGUGGAGCGCUGCCUGUCAGUCCUGUGGCCCAUCUGGUACCGCUGCCACCGCCCCAGACACACGUCAGCUAUCAUGUGUGCCCUGCUCUGGGCCCUGUCCCUGCUGCUGAGCCUCCUGGAGGGGAGGUACUGUGGCCUCCUGUUUAGGGAUUUUGACGUUGAUUGGUGUCUGGUGUUUGAUUUCAUCACUGCAGCAUGGCUGAUCUUCUUAUUUGUGCUUCUCUCUGGGUCCAGUCUGGCCCUGAUGGUCAGACUGCUGUGCGGCUCCCAGCGGAUGCGGCUGACCAGGCUGUAUGUGACCGUGGUGCUCACAGUGUUGGCCUUCCUCCUCUGCAGCCUGCCCUUUGGAAUCCAUUGGUUCCUCUUGAUCUGGGUUCAGAAUGGCUUGGAUGAACUAUAUUAUCUGGUUGUAACUGUCCUGUCCUGUGUCGGUAGCUGUGCCAACCCCAUCAUUUACUUCUUCGUUAACCUUAAACCAUGA